AUGGGGUACGAUGUCACCCGCUUCCAGGGGGACGUGGACGAGGACCUGCUCUGCCCGAUCUGCGGCGGCGUCCUGGAGGAGCCGGUGCAGGCCCCGCGCUGCGAGCACGCCUUCUGCGGCGCCUGCAUCGCGCAGUGGUUCUCGCAGCAGCAGACGUGCCCGGUGGACCGCAGCGCCGUGACGGUGGCCCACCUGGGCCCGGUGCCCCGGAUCAUGCACAACAUGCUGUCCAAGCUGCGGAUCGCCUGCGACAACGCCGCCUUCGGCUGCGACGCCGUGGUCCGGCUGGACGGCCUCACGUCUCAUCUCAGCGACUGUGAGCACAACCCGCGGCGGCGGCGGCGGCGGCAGGGCGAGCAGGGCGACGGCCUGGAGGGGCCCCGGGAGGAGCUGCCCGCCCGCCACUGCCUCCCGCACCUGCGCGCCCUGGUGCAGCAGCAGCAGGCGCGCCUGGCCCAGCUGGAGAGGGCCUCGGCCGACCACGCGCUCCAGCUGGCCGAGCAGAAGCGAGCCAUCCAGCAGCUGAAGGCGCACCUGGCCCCCGACCUGCAGGGAGGCCCGGGGGAGCCCCGGGGGGAGGCCGGCGAGGAGGUCCUGCGGUGGGUGAGCUCCCUGCAGCCGGCCAGGGUGACCCGCUGGGGCGGGAUGAUCUCCACCCCGGACGCGGGCCUCCAGGCCGCCAUGGAGCGCUCCCUGCUGGACAGCGGCUGCCCCGCCCCCGUGGUGGGCGAGCUGAUCCAGAACGCCCACGAGCGGAGCUGGCCGCAGGGCCUGGCCACGCUGGAGACCAGGCAGACCAACCGGCGGUGCUACAAGAACUACGUGGCCAAGCGCAUCCCCGGCCGGCAGGCCGUGGUGGUGAUGGCCUGCGAGAACCGGCACAUGGGCGAGGGCAUGGUGCGGGAGCCGGGCCUCGUCAUGAUCUUUUCGCACGGCGUGGAGGAGAUGUAG